UACUCAUAGGAGGAUCGCGGGAGGAUCGCACUGUAACUGUAAGGAGGAGGGGGAUGGGCAGACAAGGGAUGAUGCCAGGGGAUUGGGCCAUGCACCCUUAGUUACUUGAAGAAUGCUAUGCCACGUAUUGUGUAUCCCUUCCUUACCCGGCACCAAUACUCAUGGAUCAUACUUGCCAUCGAAAGGUGAUUCGCUGUUCCCUGGGACCCGUAUAUUUGUAUUGGUAUAUUUUUGUCUUGGACUGCGUUCAACUAUUCUUCCCAGUUGACCAUGGCACAUGUCGAAGUCGUAUCACCAGCCUCCCUCCUCGGUACGGUGUCGCUUAAAGGCAUUUACAUUCUAGGUUAUGGCUGGCUUUAUGGGAUGUCUGUGUGGGUGUCAUUUUUUGGAGGAAUAAUUGCUUUUCGGACGUUGCCUAGACACCAGUUUGGUGCUCUUCAGCACAAGACCUUCCCGAUCUACUUUUCUUCCUCGAUUAGACUCUCCUUGGCUUUGCUGGGGCUUUGGGCAUAUGCUCAUUCCGAACUUCUUGCCAACAUCACCAGUCCUCUUCGGGCUGAUGUUGCACAGACAUAUGUGCUCGGAUCUGUCAUAGCGCUACAGAGCUGCAACCAGUUCGUCGUUGGGCCAAUGACUAGCAGGACCAUGUUCCAGCGACAUAAGUUGGAGAAAGAAGAAGGCAAAAACUACAAUGAACCCGGCGUUUCCGCCCAGAUGAAGGCAUUGAAUACGAAGUUUGGAAUGCUCCAUGGCAUGAGCUCGCUGGCCAACUUGGGUGCAGUCAUUGCCCUGACCUUUCACGGCCUGUGGAUUGGAAGCUACGGGUUGUGAAGCACUUUCUGGGUAUCAUAAACCUGUCCUUAGAGCAUCCGUGUAGCUCUCAACUGUGUCAACAGCCAGAGUAGAUAUUACGCAAAAAUACAGUUCUAAGCAGUACAGUCAUGCACCUACAGACUCCAUGGAUGGCAUGUAUCCUUCUCUUAAACUUCUCUCCAGCCUCCUGAUCUCUUCGAUGGAGGUUGCCUUUGCGAUGGCCAGUUUGACCUUCUCGGCGUCUUCUUUUGACAUCAGCCGACCUGCCUUCCCUGACAGCGCCGCUGGUUUGGGCUCGUCAAGAGUGACGGCUGCUUUUGAACCCUGCUUCGAUAUGGUGGUGGAUAUCGUUGUUGCAAGGGCAGUAGGUAAACCUUCUGCUGUAAGGAACAAAGACUUUCCCGCCUCCCGCUCCUGAAAGGUGCGAGUGUGCUGAGCUAUCGACCGCGUUGAGUUUCGAACGUCGUGGGCGCACCUUAU